CGCUACUGGAAGUCUCCGCUUCCCUGGGCCCAUCUUUUGCAUUCUCCGCCACACGCCGGCCGCGCGGCGAUCAGGGACGGGCCCAGCGAGGGCGGAGCAACGGGAACCUCCGUCGUUUCCUCCUAGCCGCGCCAAGGCCAUGGUGCCGGUGCUUCCGCGGCUGUAUCUGAGCGGCGCCGAUCUUGGCCCGGCAGACGGUUCCGGAAAGCCAGCCGUCACGGCGCUGCUGCAGGUGGACUCGGAGCCGCCCGGAGCCGCUGCGCUUGCGGGAUUCGAAAGCACGCUGUUUGUCCAGGCGCUGGACCAGCCGCAGAGCGAUCUGCUGAGUCGCUUGGACGAGUGCGCGGCUUUUCUUAGCCAAGUCCUGGAGGGCGGAGGAAGCGCCCUGGUGCGCUGUCAUGCUGGAGUUAGUCGAAGUGUUGCUAUUGUGACUGCCUAUUUAAUGAAAACUAAUCACCUUACUUUUCAAGAGGCCUAUGCCUUUGUUCAAGCCAUCAAACCUGAUGCUAAGAUGAAUGAAGGCUUUGAGUGGCAGCUGCAACUCUAUGAAAAAAUGGGUUGUAAGUUUGAUGUUAGCAAUACUAUUUAUAAACAGUAUCGUUUGAAAAACCUUACAGAGAACUGUCCUGAGACAGAAGGCUUGCCUGGUCAUGUCUUUGCAAUUGAUCCAAACACAGUACAUCAAAUCCCAAAUCAUGACAUUCUUUACAGGUGCAGGAAGUGCAGGCGCUUGCUGUUCCGAAGUUCGAGCAUUUUGCCCCAUGAUGAAGGCAAAGGACCUGUAGCAUUUGUCCACAAAAAAGUUUCAGAGCCUGGACCUUUAGGCCAUGCAGGUCAAUCAAAAUGUACGUCUUACUUUAUUGAGCCAGUGCAGUGGAUGGAGGCAGCACUAUUAGGAGUGUUGGAAGGACAGCUCCUGUGCCCAAAAUGUACAUCAAAGUUGGGUUCUUUUCACUGGCAUGGUGAGCAGUGUUCCUGUGGUCAUUGGGUGACUCCAGCCUUCCAGAUUCACAAGAAUCGCAUUGAUGAAGUAAAAAGAUUGCCCAUUGGAGAGCCACAGAAUGUGACAAAGUGAACUUGGUUUGUAUUAGGACAACUACAUAUGCCUGGUAUAAAGAGACACAAUUUAAUCAAUGCUUUAAAUAUCAGUGGCCUUGCGCAGUAUUUAUAAUACAAUAAUAGUAGGCCAAAUACGCAGCAGAGCUAAUUACACAUCACAACGGAACAUUUCUUGAAAUAGUUUUAAUUUCUUAAACUGAACACUAAAAUUUGUGAUGACAAAUUGUGGUCAGGGUAUAUUUGCACAACAUGACUGCUACCAACCAAGACUACUGUAGUUGCAAAUAUGUCUAGAGGCUCUUCCUUAUGAACAACGGCAUUGUGAGAACUGCAUUUUCCCAAUAAAAAAUUUUCCUGAAA